AUGGCCCGCGCUGCAGCAGCCCAGAUCGUGGUGGUCGCCAUUGUGGCGGCGAUGCUCCUCUCGGCACCUUUCGCCGCCAACGCCGCCAUCUCAUGUGGUCAGGUGAGCUCUGCCUUGAGCCCCUGCAUGGCCUACGCUAAAGGCGGCGCCGCCCCGUCCGCCGGCUGCUGCAGCGGCGUCAGGAGCCUCGCCAGCUCCGCCAAGAGCACCGCCGACAAGCGUGCCGCUUGCAACUGCCUCAAGAAAUUGGUCGGGAGCAUCAGCGGGAUCAACGCUGGUAACGCCGCCAGCAUCCCGUCCAAGUGCAAAGUUAGCAUCCCCUACGCCAUCAGCACCUCCGUCAACUGCAACACCAUCAACUGAUCGAUCCACACUACUCCUCGCCGGCGCCGCAGUCACACACAUUUACACCUAUAUUAUUUAUACUGAAUAAAAGCUCCGAUCUCCCCGUCAGAGAUCGAGAGGAGUACGAGCACUAGAGCCAGCCCUCCGUGGGUCGUGGCCGGCCACCAUUGUAUCAGUGUUUGAUUGUUCCUUUCACUCCGUUUGAGGAGAAUCCAUCGAGAGUUUGCUUUGUAUAUCAUAUUUAUGGACUGCCAGUGUAGUGUAUAUCUGGAUUAAUACAUAUUUAAAUUUAUUCCGUCA